AUGCCUCCAACAAGGAUCAAUGAUGCUGUUCAUUGGUACAUGUCAAAUCUUACAUCUCGGAUCAUAGCGAAGACUGGUAUACCGUCAGACAGAUAUCAUAUGGGAAAAGUUAUACUGCAAUGUUUAAAAGACUAUCCCGAGGCAGUAACUCAAAUCGAUGGAGCGACUGGCGAAUCGGAAACAAAUGAAUCCAUUUUAAAAAGAUCUGUGAAAUGCGCCGCAAGUUUUAGGAAAUUUGGUCUCCAAAGUACGGAAGUCAUUGUACUGAUGGCACCGAACCACAUAGAUCUCUGUAUACCAUUCUACGCCGCGUUGUACACGGGAAAUGUCAUAGCUGCUGUUGAUUUUAAUUUGGGAAAAAUUGAAUUACAGCAAACAUUAUCAGUUUUGGGACCGAAAAUCAUAUUCUGCCAGAGUUCGAAGGCACCGACGAUACAAUUAGCAUUAAACGAAAUUGAUUCCAAUGCAUUUAUUGUAGCUUUCGAUAAAGGACAUUAUUUAUGUGAUUUCGACUCGUUUAUUGAGAAAUUCUAUGAUGGAACUAUGAUCGACGAAUUUGAACCAACAGAUUUGGAUCCCGAAGAAGCAACGGCUUUUCUGGUGUCUACUAGUGGCACCACCGGAUUACCAAAAGCAGCAGAAGUGACCCACAAAAACUUUUUAAUAUCACUACCGAAUCUUUUCUUACGUUAUACAGAGUUUCCUACGCCUACGAAAAUAGCUCUGGUGGGAUCUCCUUUGCAGUGGCUGACGGCUUUAUUCAGUUAUGUCGCUUCUCCUAUAUUCAAAUACAUCCGUCUGCAAUCUUCCUUGCCACUUACCAAGGAACACGCUUAUUACUUGUUCGAUACUUACAAGAGUUUGUCACCAAAUACAGAAGUAAUUAAUGUUUACGGUAUGAGUGAGCUUAGCAGUAUUGCAUUUCUGAGAGAUUACGGUCCACCCGAAUCAUGUGGUCGGCCACUAGGGAUUUUUUACUACCGUUUAAUUGAUACCGAAACUUCAGAAGAUAUCUUGGAACCCAACAGGCCUGGCGAAUUGUGGAUUAAAGGUCCUUCAGUAUUUAAGGGAUAUUACAAAAAUAAGGAAGCCACUGAAGAUACAUUCGCAGAGGAUGGCUGGUUUAAAACUGGUGACAUGUUCUACAGAGAUGAGAAUUGGAAUUAUUAUUUUUUGGAACGCAUCAAAUUACUCUUAAAAUAUAAAAGUUAUCAAAUAUCUCCAGUGGAAGUUGAGAACGUGAUAAGAGAAGUACCUGGUGUUGUUGAUGUCGCUGUGGCUGGUCUGCCAGACCCAGAAUGUGGAGACCUGCCUGUAGCAUGCGUUGUCAUACAAAAUGGAGCUAAUGUUACAGCGGACGACAUAAAAAACAUUGUCCAAGACAAACUCUCCGAUUCAAAACAACUAAGAGGUGGAGUAAUUUUUCUGGAUAGUAUACCAAUGACAGCGUCUACGAAAGUACAUCGAAGAAAACUAAAGGAAAUCGUUAUGACUUCUAAUAGGCUUUAA